AAGAUGAUCAAUAUCGCCGGAGUGGUGAGCAUUGUGCUCUUCUACCUGCUCAUCCUGGUGGUGGGCAUCUGGGCCGGUCGCAAGAAGCAGUCCGGCAAUGAUUCCGAGGAGGAGGUUAUGCUCGCCGGCCGUUCCAUUGGCCUUUUUGUGGGCAUUUUUACCAUGACGGCCACCUGGGUAGGUGGCGGCUACAUCAACGGCACGGCGGAGGCCAUCUACACAUCCGGAUUGGUGUGGUGUCAGGCUCCCUUCGGCUAUGCCCUGAGUUUAGUUUUUGGCGGCAUCUUCUUUGCCAAUCCGAUGCGAAAACAGGGCUACAUCACUAUGCUGGAUCCUCUGCAGGAUUCGUUUGGGGAGCGAAUGGGAGGUCUUCUCUUUUUGCCAGCUCUCUGCGGUGAAGUCUUCUGGGCCGCCGGUAUCCUGGCCGCCCUGGGAGCUACUCUCUCGGUGAUUAUCGACAUGGACCACCGCACUUCCGUCAUCCUCUCCUCAUGCAUCGCCAUCUUUUACACCCUCUUCGGAGGACUUUAUUCCGUGGCCUACACGGAUGUCAUUCAGCUUUUUUGUAUCUUCAUCGGGCUGUGGAUGUGCAUCCCCUUUGCCUGGAGCAACGAGCACGUGGGUAGUCUGAGUGACCUGGAGGUCGAUUGGAUUGGACACGUGGAGCCGAAAAGGCAUUGGAUGUACAUAGACUACGGAUUGCUUCUAGUGUUUGGCGGCAUUCCCUGGCAGGUCUACUUCCAGCGGGUGCUGUCCAGCAAAACAGCCGGACGGGCUCAGCUAUUGUCCUACGUUGCCGCUGCCGGAUGCAUCCUGAUGGCCAUUCCUCCGGUUCUCAUUGGAGCCAUUGCCAAGGCCACACCCUGGAAUGAAACUGACUACAAGGGACCCUAUCCUCUAACUGUGGACGAGACAAGCAUGAUAUUGCCCAUGGUCCUGCAGUAUUUGACACCCGAUUUUGUGUCCUUCUUCGGCCUGGGCGCCGUUUCUGCUGCCGUGAUGUCCUCUGCCGAUUCCUCCGUGCUCUCAGCUGCCUCCAUGUUCGCCAGGAACGUGUACAAAUUGAUUUUCCGUCAGAAGGCGUCCGAAAUGGAAAUCAUCUGGGUGAUGCGCGUGGCCAUAAUUGUCGUGGGUAUAUUGGCCACCAUUAUGGCUCUUACCAUUCCCUCCAUCUACGGAUUGUGGUCCAUGUGCUCCGACCUGGUGUACGUCAUCCUAUUCCCGCAGCUUCUGAUGGUGGUGCACUUUAAGAAACACUGCAACACAUACGGCAGCCUGGCCGCAUAUAUUGUGGCCUUGUUCAUUCGGCUGUCUGGAGGGGAAGCCAUCCUGGGGUUGGAACCUUUCAUCAAGUACCCCGGCUAUGAUGAGGAGGCACAGGAGCAGAUGUUCCCCUUCCGCACCAUGGCUAUGUUGCUAAGUUUGAUAACACUGGUCUCGGUGUCCUGGUGGACAAAGAUGAUGUUCGAGUCGGGUAAGCUGCCACCCAGCUACGACUACUUCCGCUGCGUGGUUAACAUUCCGGAAGAUGCCCUGCGUGUGGGCGAGCCCUCCGAGUCAGGGGAGCAGCUGUCGGUGAUGGCAGGACCUCUGGCUCGUUCAUACGGCGCCGCCACAAUGGCCGGCAAGGAUGAGCGAAACGGUCGCAUCAAUCCCGCCCUGGAAUCGGACGACGAUCUGCCCGUGGCAGAGGCCCGCCGCAUCAAUCAGCAGACGGCGCAGGCGCAGGUGAAGAAGAUGCUGGACACCGCCACCGGAGUGAAGCCAGCCGGCGGAGGAGGCGGCCAAAUGAGCCAGUCCGGCAUGGCCAUGCCCACUCCCGAGCAGGAUAACACGGCCUUCUGAGCGGCGGAGUAAAGGUCACAAGUCACCCUGGCGAGAUAAGCCCGAAAGUAUGCAGCAGAUUAAUCCUACAGAAUUAUACACGAUUUUUAGUUGCGCUUGUUAGAGGGGAUUUCCAUAUCAUAACUGGGGGAGUAGGGUCUUCGAGAGUACAUACAGAAAGUAUUAGGAAACGUACGUUAAACACACAAGUGCUCAGGUAAAAAGUGCAGAAAGCUGAUCAUAAGAAUUUACGUUUUAUUUUAGCCAAUUUAAUGUGUAUAGUUUCUACUUAAGCUUAAAGCUGUCGUUCUUUCGAUCUGUUGAUUUUGCUGUUAGAAGAAUAUGAUAAUAUUAUGUGUGAGGUGCAGAAAUCACGUUUAAUUGUAUACAUAUCAAAGGCAUUUUAUUCCUGGCCCGGGAAUUGCAUAAAAAACGUAUAGACGUAUUAACCAAAAGGAUAAACUUUUUAGCAUUUGUGUAAGCAAUACGAAACCGGCAUUCCUGGCAAAAAUAACUAUUAUAGAAGCAUAUAAUGUGUUAAUCAUGUGUCCUUCCAGCUGAAUACGAAAAAAGCUAAGAAAAAGCCACAAACUAAACUGCAAACUGCAAACGAAAUGAAAACAUAUCAAAAAACAUAUCAAUAUAUAUAAAUCACCCCAAAAUAUAUAUGUACAUUAUUCAAACAAAGUAGGUUUAUAAGUGAUCCAGAAGGAAACGAGGCAUAUCGAGUUAUAUAGGAAUGAAUUUUAGCUGCUCUCAAAGAGCAAAACCACAAAGUAUAUAGCAGAUCAUACUGGAGAGAUCAUACUCGAAAAACAAACGAACAAGCAUAUCUGUAACAUGUUGCGUCGUAGUACCUAAACAAAUAUACCUAUACACGAAAAGAAAAUCAUAUAUACUAUAUACAUCAAAUAUUUAGAGGCCAGACACUGAAUUUAGAAAGUUAUACCCACGACAUUGAUCCAGAAACCUGCAUCGGAUUGGAGGGAAGACUCUAUUCUAUAUACACACACGCUGCCUGAACCCCAAACCUCAAAUUGAAUCCGAUCCUAGUAGAUCCCGACCGAAAAAUAUGAUAUAUGAGACAUUUUAUCGAGAGAUUUGCGUUGGUUCCUUCCUUUUGUAAUUCGCUCGGCUCGUUUGUUAAAGUUUCGUCCCGUUGGAAAGAACUAAAUUAAAAACUAAAAUCUAAUACUAACGUCAACUCAACUAAAGUAAACUAAAAGUAAUACGCGUAACUAUAAAGUACUAAAACUCACUCUUGAUUGAACUAAAUGUUGACUGCUUUUUGAUUGAGCCUCGUAUGUUUGUUGUAUUGGGGUAAAGUUUUUUAAAGUUUACAUAAAUGAAUAUAGAGGAUGGGUUUGGAGUCCAUCUAGGAUUACUCACCAUAUGGUACACAGAAUAUCUGUUCGUUGUUAUUGUUAUUAUUAUCCUUGCAUCAGAUCUGAGUGUGUAAUUUUCGAUAGAGUUCAAAAUACGUUUUACUAUACGGAGUUGUUCAACUAAAUUUCCAGAAAUAACUUAUAACCAUACCAUAUGAAUAAUUAAGUGUGUUUGUCUCUCUCAUUCAGGAGUUCUUCGAUUCUUUGUCAAGUUAACCGGGUUUGUACAUAAAUAAGCAAAUUACUCGAAUUGUUUGUAAAGUUACAACUACUAUCAACUAAAACCGAAAACCACCAAAUAAUUUAUGCAUUCAACUGCGAUGUCGUUGCUUGGUUAAAAUAGAAACAAAAAUAUACCGAUUUUAGAGAAAUUUAGUUUGGCAAUUAGUUACAUACGUAUGUAU